AUGAGCACCGCCGCCACCGCGCCUGCACAAGACAAGGCUCAACCUCAACCUCAACCUCAACCUUUGCCUCGAUCUCGACCUCAACCUCAACCCCUCAAGUCUGUAUCGGACACAUAUUCAAAUCCCCAGCCCCAGUCGCGGAGGAAGGAAUCAAAACCGAUCCCGGAGGAUCUCGACAGCCUCACCGAAUCUCUCAAGAAGGUCUCCAUUUCCAACGAGCGGCGGCGACCAACCCGCAAGUCCGCCGGUCAACACACACCCGCACAGCCCUGGGAACGGAAGCAAAAGAAAAUGAGCAGCGGAUCAAGACAACAGAAGGUUGACCCUUCCAAAGAAUCAGGAGGAAUCCCCGAUCCGACCCCAGCCUACCUACAAAGGGCGCAUACUGGCAUUGAAGCCCUACAAGUCCCAAAGCACCUCCUCGUAGUAAUCGACCUCAAUGGAACAAUCCUCUACCGACCCAACAAAUCCCAACCCACCAGAUUCGUCGCCCGCCCUCACGCAGUACGCUUCCUCGAAUACUGCAUCGAGACCUUCCAUGUGGUGAUCUGGUCCUCCGCGCGCCCAGAGAACGUACAAUGCCUCGUCGACGCGAUUAUACCCCCACAACUAAAGCAGAAAGUCCUAGCCGUCUGGGCACGCGAUAAGUUCGAUUUAACGCACAAAGACUACAAUCUUCGAGUGCAAUGCUACAAAAGACUCUCGAAGAUCUGGGCAGAUCCUCAUAUAUCAAGUACGCAUCCAGAUUUUGCGAUGGGCGCAAGAUGGGAUCAGACGAAUACGGUGUUGGUGGAUGAUUCGCUAGAGAAGGGACGCAGUGAGCCGUUUAAUCUUAUUGAAAUCCCGGAAUUCUUUGGGGAUUUGAAUGAGCGGGGGAAUAUAUUGCCACAGGUGCAUGAUUACUUGAAUUACUUGAGUAUGCACUCGAACGUUAGCGCGUGCUUGCAGGCAGCUGGGUGCGGAUUCCAUGGAGCACCCGAAAGGGAGAAGUCCGGCUUUGGCCACGACGGCCGCCGGUGA